GUCAAUUUAAUUUGUGCUAGUAAGUAAGUAUUGUUUGUCUGAGUCGUCUCUUUGUCGACUCCAUAAGCCUAAAGUCGUCUCUUUAUCCUCAGCCAAUUUCUCAUCAUCUUCUUCUUCUGAUGCGUCCUUGUAACUUGUAAUACCUCCUCCGCCAUUGAUCAUUCACGAUUAGCCACCGCUUCAGAAGGAUCUAAUCUGCAACUUUGAGGAGUACUACGGUGGAAAUUUCGGAAAAUGAUGUUGCUUGUGGACUGCUCUAGCUGUCGUACGCCGCUUCACCUCCCUCCCGGAGCCACCAGGAUUCGCUGCGCUAUUUGCCACGCCUUCACUCUCGUCGCUCCGGAUCCCCACCACCACCAUUCUCACGCUCCGGCCAGCCCUCGUCUUUUUUCCAACUCAUUCAAUGUUCCACCAUCGUCCUCUUCCCUAUACCCGCCGGCGGUGCCUUCUCCGUCUGUCUACCCGCCGCCAACGUUAAGUCACUCAUUAUCGGCACCGUCUGCUUUUAGUCACGCGCCGUCAGCUCCGUCUCCGUUCAAUCAUUUUCCGCCGGCACAAGCUCCUUUAAGCCACUCAUUAUCGGCACCGUCUGCUUUUAGUCACGCGCCGCCGGCACCGUCUCCGUACAAUCACGCGCCGCCGGGUCCUCCACCGCCGGUACAUGGACAGAAGAGAGCGGUGAUCGUCGGGGUUACUUAUAAGAAUACGAAUGACGAAUUGAAAGGAUGCAUCAAUGACGCUAAGUGCAUGAAGUUCAUGUUGAUGAAGCGUUUCAAAUUCCCUGAAUCUUGCAUUCUUAUGCUCACUGAAGAAGAAGCGGAUCCAUUAAGAUGGCCAACGAAGAACAAUAUAACAAUGGCAAUGCACUGGCUAGUUUUAGGCUGCAAACCGGGAGAUUCCUUAGUCUUCCACUUCUCCGGUCAUGGCAACAACCAAACGGACUACGACGGAGACGAGGUGGAUGGUUUCGACGAGACUCUUCUUCCUGUGGACCACGCGACCUCAGGUGUCAUUCUAGACGACGAGAUCAAUGCUACAAUCGUACGGCCUCUCCCUUAUGGAGUCAAGCUCCAUGCCAUCGUUGACGCUUGCCAUAGUGGUACCGUCAUGGACUUGCCCUAUCUUUGUAGAAUGGACAGACUCGGAAAAUACAAUUGGGAAGACCAUAGGCCACCAUCAGGGAUGUGGAAAGGUACGAGUGGCGGUGAAGUCUUCUCCUUCACAGGCUGCGACGAUGACCAGACCUCCGUUGACACUCCGCAAUUGUCAGGGAGUGCAUGGACGGGGGCAAUGACGUAUGCAUUCAUUCAAGCCAUAGAACGUGGACACGGAACUACUUAUGGGAGCUUAUUGAGUGCGAUGCGAUUAACAGUUCAUGAGAUCUUUGACAAAAACAAAGGUAGAGAGCUUGUUGAAAUAGACAGCGAUGUUCUCACUACUCUUCUUGGUUUGCUCAUCUUAGGCGCUGCUCCUUCUAAGGAUGAGGGAGUAAACCAAGCCCCACAAAAAACUCAGGAACCACAAUUGAGCGCUAACGAUCUGUUUGAUGUCUACGAGAAGCCCUUCGCUUUAUGAUAUAGCCUCAAGAGAACAUACCCAAAAGGAAAAAGAGAGGAUGGAGUUUCAAGAGAUGUAAAUUAAUAUACUUCAUUGAAUUUUUUUAAAAAAAAAUUUUAACGCUGAUUCAUUAUCAUAUUAUAAUUAUGAUAUGAGAAAAAUAUGUGACACAUGUCAAUAUGUUUUUAUAUCGCCUUUUUCAUUAAAUGAAAAGAAUUAUUUUGAUAA